AUGAAUACCUAUUUCCAACCCAAUCAUCCAUACCAGCACUACCCUUCAAUAUUUUCCAAUGAUCCUACUCUUUCAACCCCAUUUCUUCUUUCCAAUAAUAAUAACAUUGACAAUAACCCACUUGAAGGCAUUGCAGCCAUCGUCGGAGAACAUGUUCUCUUUGGCAAACCAGCAGUACCCACCACCCAAAACGAACCGAAGUCGUCGCCGGUGGAGAAGACAUACAGAGGGGUGAGAAAGCGGCCAUGGGGAAGAUGGUCAGCCGAGAUACGGGACAAGAUAGGGCGGUGCAGACAUUGGCUAGGUACCUUUGACACCCCAGAAGAAGCCGCACGUGCUUAUGAUGCCGCUGCUAGAAGGCUUAGGGGUGCCAAAGCACGCACCAACUUUGAGAUCCCGUCGGUAUUCCCACUGUCCACACCUGAUCAGGAAGUUAUUAUAAAUAAUAAUAAUAAUCUCACUAGUACUACUUUAAGUAGUAGCAGUACAAGCAAAUGCCAUGCAGUGACAUCAGUUGAUCAGCUUUUUAGCACUUCUUCUUGUAACGUUAAUAAUCUUGAACUUGAUUUGAACCUUGGUUGUUAUGGGUACAACAAAAGGACUAGAACUAUAUAG